UCUCCAUUUCCAGGUCUUCCACCGCCACUUCGUUUUCGGAUUUCCAGUUUUGUAUUACGGUUUUUAUGGGACUCUGAUUUUGAAUGUAAAUGGGGUUGAUGUUGAUGGGCAGGGGAGGUGUAUUUGUACGGAACGUCGGCGGUGGUGCGAGUGCCGGAGGAUCUAGAGGAGAUUGCGGCUACUCCAGAAUCGAUAAGCGUUGUAACGAGAGUUUCCAAGACUGUGUCGAGCCGAAUAGAGGACAAGAGGCGGAAUUGAAGGCGGAGUAAUCUUGCUGUGUACGGACGACGAUUUGCCGGCGAUCAAAUUUCAUUACAUUUCUAGUUUAUAUCCUUCCAAAUGGGAGCCGUUGGCAACUGACCCAAUUCCAUUGUCUUCGCGCCUGCAACUCCAGAGAGAAAUAGCUUCACAGCCGGUGACAAAGCCCGACGAGUUUUUGUGGGAGAGAUUCAGAGCCCUAAGAAAUGGCGACAAACAUUGGGAUGAUGGAUUCUGCGUAUUUCGUUGGAAGAUCGGAGAUCCUCGCGUGGAUCAACUCUACUCUCCACCUUAAUCUUUCCAAAGUCGAGGAGGCAUGCUCUGGUGCGGUUCAUUGCCAAUUGAUGGAUGCGGCUCACCCAGGGAUGGUGCCGAUGCACAAGGUCAAUUUUGAUGCGAAAAGCGAGUACGAAAUGAUCCAGAAUUAUAAGGUCCUCCAAGAUGUGUUCAACAAAUUGAAGAUCACCAAGCAUAUCGAGGUGAGCAAGCUUGUGAAAGGAAGGCCCCUUGAUAAUCUGGAGUUCAUGCAGUGGAUGAAACGUUAUUGUGAUUCCGCUAAUGGAGGCGUUUUGCAGUGUUAUAAUGCUUUGGAAAGGCGAGAAGCAUCCAAGGGCGGAAAGGACGCAAGCAAGAAGAGCACCACAUCACAUUCUUCUGCAAAAGGUUCAACAGCUGCUGCAUCCAGGGCUCAGGUCUCUCAGAAUGCUCGGAGAAAUGAGGCAUCAAUGAACUCUGGAAAUCAGGUAGCAAAUGUUUCAAAACCUCCAUCCAAUGGAGUAUCUGCAUAUGAUGAACAGAUCACGACGUUGAAACUGUCGAUCGACAGCCUUGAGAAAGAGAGGGAUUUCUACUUUUCUAAGCUAAGAGAUAUUGAGAUACUCUGCCAGAGUCCACAGAUUGAAAGUUUGCCCGCUGUAGGAGCUAUAAGGAAGAUACUGUAUGCUGUUGAUGAUGAUGCAUCAGUGGUGGCAGAAGCUCAAGCGAUGUUGUCCGUUCACCAGAAGGAAACGAUAGAUCUUUUGAGUCCAAUAGCUGAAGUUUCUGAUGAGAAGCUAAGUUUAGAAUCCCAGAAGAGAAAAAGUGUAAUCAAUUUUGAUGUAGACGUUGUUGGCAUGACAACUUUGUCUCCCAGGCGGAGGGUAUCUGAUGCUUCUGAUGUUCAUUGCAGUGGGUCACCCCUUAUGACAUACUGAUCAAGGCAUUCUUUUGUAACCGUGCAAUUCCUCAACUACUAUAGAGUAUAGUAUAGUUGUGAUUCUAGAGUUGUUCUUAUGUGUCGUCCUGUUUGUUCAGAACGUUUUCAUGUGGCUGUUUUUAAUGAAGAAUUGCUGAAAGACCCUGAAA